AUGGCAAAAUACAACAACAAUAGUAAUGCCUCUAAGGCAACAAAUUUGAAACAACAAGUCGUUUUACCUACUUAUACUUUGGAUUCAAAUUUGGUUUUAUUACCAGGGAUAAUGUACAAUGUAACAUUUUCCAGAUUCAAAGCUGCUGCAUUGUUAUAUCGUUAUAAAAAUUUCAUUUCACAAGUUUCUAUCAUUAACAACUUGUUGAAUGAAUACGAUUUUAAUAGUGGCAACACCAAUGAAGAAGAACGUUUUGAAGCUGAACAAAAAUUGGAGCAACCAGAAACAUAUCAUGAGAUAAACCCUAGUGUGAUUUCGCCAGAAGCUGUUGAAGGUAUUAAAGAAUUUUUCCAAUAUGAGACUGGUAUGAAAACCGGUCGAGGAGUAGAAAAAGGGGUCAAAUCUACACAAAACGAUGCUAUUAAAGAAUUUGAUUGGUUAACAUUAGCAAUUAUACCAAACUUGGAAAAAAUCAAGAAUCCAGAAACCAACUCUAGUGCUGGUGAUGGAUCAUCACUGUCCAAAGUAGUUACUGUUGCUAGGAUUGUCGGUAUAGUUGAUGAUACUACCAAUAUCAAAUUAACUUUGCAAGCAAUCACCAGAGGUGUACAAAUAAAAGAUGAUGGCAAAAACAAUCACCACAAAAGAGGAUUGAAAACAAAUGAACAAGUUAUUGGAAUUGAUUGGAAUCAUAAUGUUUCUGAUUUAAAAGGGAAAUUCACUACUUUACAGAAAAAUUAUCAACAAUUAUUUCAAUCAAUAGAUAAGUUUCUUAUUGAUUACCGUGAAGCAUUGGAUUAUAAUAAGAAUAAUAGUAACAACAACAAUAAUAACAACAAUAACAGAAACGGUAAUUUAUCUUUAAUCAAAGGUAAUAGUACCACUUACAGCAACAAUAAAAAUUAUGAUGAUAAACCAAAUCAAGAUAUUAAGAGUCAGAAUUUAUUGACACUUAAUCCUUUAGCUAAUGCCUUAUAUAUGCAAUUAGUUGGUUCAAAAGAUUUUAACAAGGCGUUCCAUCGUUUACAAAAAUUGUUUUCUCAAGUCAUUCAAGGUGAUGAGUAUAAAAUUGAUAAUGAAACUUAUUUAAGAUUAGUUGAUUUGACAUGUGGGAUUUUACCAUUCCCAAAUUUCCAAAAAUUGGCAUUAUUGAAUGAGUAUAAAUUGGAUGAUCGAUCAAUAUUAAUCAAUGAAAUGAUGUCACAAUUGAUUCAAAUUUUUGGAAAUUUACAGACCAAUACUUCAUUUGUCAAUAGUUGGUUUCAUAGUGAGGCAACAAAUAUUCAAAAGGCAACUGUUGUUGCUAAUCAAUUGAAAUCAAUUAGAAACUUAUUAGAAGGAAUGACCAAGAAUCGACCAAUAAAACCAAACAAGAGAAACUCAGGUCCAGCUUCAUCAGCUCCUUCAUUUUCCAAUGGCAAAACUCCUCCUGCUAGACCAAAGGUGAACCAUCAUCAAGAUGGAUCUCAUGGACAUGAUAGUGAUUACGACAACAAUGAUGACGACGAUGAUGGAGAUGAAGAUUUGAAGGCGAUUUUCAAUUUUAUUAAACAUAAAUUACCUACUAUAUCUUCAUUAUCUGCCGAUUCAAAACGUUUAAUUCUCAAAGAUUUCAAACGUGUUAAGGCAUCAGCAAAUUCCCCAGGUGGAGGUGGCAAUUCUGAUUUCCAUGUUUUACGUAAUUAUUUAGAAAUUGUUAUGGAUAUACCAUGGGAUAAUUAUGUGACUAAAUUCAAAUCUAAUAAAGAUAUUGAUUUGAAAUUAGCUAAAAAACAAUUAGAUGAUGAUCAUUAUGGAUUAGAACAUGUGAAAAAAAGAUUAAUACAAUAUUUAGUAGUAUUAAAGUUGUUGGGUAUUAAUGCUGAAAAAGAUCAAGCUCUACAAUCCAAAGACGAAGAGAAUUCCAAAAAUCCAGCCCAUUCUGAUUCCAAUUCCAAUUCCAAUUGUAAUUCUAACUCAAGAUCAUUAACCAAAUCUCCAACAUCUUCAUUGGCAUCCAAAACACCAUCAUCUAUUGUCAUAGCAAAUAAUGAUGAAACAUAUUUAGCUAAACAACAAGCUAAAACCAGAAAUCAAAAAUCAAUUACUGAAGCUAAAACCAAUGUUUCAACUAAGAUGGUUCCUUCCAAUGAAUCUAUUCAAGUAUCUAAAAACAAUAAAUCACCAAUAAUUAUGCUUGCUGGACCUCCAGGUACUGGUAAAACAUCAUUAGCUAAAUCAAUUGCUUCUGCCUUGGGACGUAAUUUCCAAAGAAUAUCUCUUGGUGGAAUUAAAGAUGAAAGUGAAAUUAGAGGACAUAGAAGAACUUAUGUUGGAGCCAUGCCUGGAUUAUUAAUUCAAGCAUUACGUAAAUCCAGAUGUAUGAAUCCAGUGAUUUUAUUAGACGAAAUUGAUAAAGUUAUAGGUGGUAAUUCUGGUGGUGUCAAUAAAUUUAAUGGUGAUCCUUCUGCAGCAUUAUUAGAAGUAUUAGAUCCAGAACAAAAUAAUACUUUUAUUGAUCAUUAUUUAGGAUUCCCAGUUGAUUUAUCCCAAGUGAUUUUCAUUUGUACUGCUAAUGAUCCAUGGAAUAUGACAAGACCUUUAUUGGAUAGAUUAGAAAUGAUUGAAAUUGGUGCUUAUGAUUAUAAUGAAAAAUUAAUCAUUGGUAAAAAAUAUUUAUUACCUAGACAAAUUAAACGGAAUGGAUUCCCAGUUACAAAAGUGGGUAAAAAUAAUACCGGUAAUCAAGAUGAAUUUAUUAAAAUCAAUGAUGACACUAUGAAAAAAGUUAUACUUGAUUAUACAAGAGGAGAAGCUGGAGUAAGAAAUUUUGAAAGACGAUUAGGAACUUUAUGUCGAUUUAAAGCCGUUGAAUAUUGUGAAUGGUUAAAUAAAGACAUUAAAAAUUAUAAUCCUAUAAUUGAUGAAAAUGAUUUACCAAUAUAUUUAGGAGUUCCAUAUUCUCUGGGUGAUGUCACUACUGAAGGAACAGUGGGAGUUGGAGUUGUUCAUGGAUUAUCAUAUAAUUCUGAUGGAUCGGGAUCAGUAUUAGUUUUUGAAAGUAUUGGAUUUGAUAGAAGAAUCAGUAAUGGUAAUAAAGAACAUAAUGGUGGUGAUGGCAGUGGUGGAAAUGGAGCUACAUUAAAUAUGACUGGUAGAUUAGGUGAAGUAUUAAUGGAAAGUGGUAAAAUUGGAUUAGUAUUUAUUAAACUGAUGAUUUAUAAAAACAUCUUAAAAUUUGAUAACAACAACAACAACAACACCAACAGACAUUUAUUAUUGGAUAAAUAUAAUAAUUUGGAUAUUCAUAUGCAUGUUCCUAUGGGAUCAGUAUCUAAAGAUGGUCCAUCAGCAGGUGUUACCAUGGCAUUACUGUUUUUAUCAGUAUUAUUAGAUAAACCAGUACCAUCAGAUAUUGCCAUGACGGGAGAAAUCACUUUAAGAGGUAUAGUAUUACCUAUUGGAGGAGUUAAAGAAAAAUUGAUGGGGGCUCAUUUAAAUGCAAAUAUUAAACGAAUGAUUGUUCCUAGAGAAAAUCGUAAAGAUUUAAUUAAAGAAUAUAGUAGAAGUAUUGAAGAAGCUGGUGAAGUAUUAGAUCAUCAUUUAAUUAACGAUUUAAUUAAAGAUAAUGAAGAUAAUGAAUUCAAAUUAACUCAAGUGGAAGAUUAUUAUCAAAAUAAAUAUGGUAUUUCCUUGUUUUAUGCUAAAGAAUUUUAUGAUAUUAUUAAAAUUGUUUGGAAUGAAGAUGAAGUGUUAUUGAAAGAAAAUAAUUCAAGAUUACUUGAAUAUCAUAUUUAG